AUCCUACAAGAAUUCAACCAAACCUACGAUCAAGUGGCCUUCCUGCAGAUAUGAAAUCAAGGAUAUCACCUGCAAUACCUAGAAAAUCAUCAAUUAAGGUGAAGAUAAAUCAAGCUGGACAAUAUGAAUGGGAAAAAAUUGUAACCAAAGCAAUGGCUAGAAAGAAGAAAACUCAAGUGCUGCACCUACCAAGAUAUAUAGCUAGAUUUGCCUUGCCCAAGGAAGUAACUACAACCACGCUUCAAAUUAAAAAAAAUGAAAUCACUUUGAAAAAUUGUACUUGCAAUAUUAUUACAUCAAACAGGCAUGAAUUUGAAAAGUACAUAGCUAAGGAAUGGUGUGGAUUUCAAAAGAAGAACAAGCUCAACAUUGGUCAAAAAUUGAUUUUCAAACUUGACCAACCCCCAUCAAGAUUGAUGAUUCACAUUGCCAAUGCUGAAUUUUGAAUGUCCCCUUAUUGAAUUAACUUAACUGUGGUUUUAUUAAGAGUAUAUGUUGAACAUCAAAUUGUACUACUAUGUUGCUAAUUUUGAGUUACAAGGAUUUGUACUACUAUGUUUUGUAAUUGUAAUUUGGACAAGAACA